GACCGUUUGGGGCUAGCAUUAGCGUCAAUGUGCCAGCCAAUGAGAGAAUGUUAUACUCACAGUUAGAGUUACAUACAAUUAUAGGUAAAAGUAUAAAGCCUUCUCGUGAUGUAGAUCGCCUUUGUCGAGUAGAGACGGAAACUUCUAGGCCGUAUUUUCGUACAACCGCUUGUGUGGAGCUUUUUUUGUGCUAAAAUAACGAGACGGGUGAUUCAGUGGUGGCUUAGAGUUUCAUCUGAUCGAGUGUACGUACCUAUCGCAAAUGUAACGUAAUAUUAUCUAGCUUUAUCUUUUUAAAAUUCAAUAACCAAAAUCCAGUGCUAUAAGAUUGAAAUUAUAGAGAAAAUAAAAUACCUAGUCGUAAAAAUCAUUCCAAGUUUGUUAGUAAAAUUGACUCAAAUUACUUAAUGGUUUUAUAUUAGUUACUGCAAUCAUGGAUUUUAAUGCGGAGAAGUUCGUCGACAAUUUGUUGAGCUCAGAAGCAUACGAUGAACCUUCGGACCCGGACAAAAUUGAAGACAUGGAGUUCAAGCUGCCCGACUGGUUUGACGAAAAGAAAUACAAUCAAGGCCGUCGUUUCUACAGUGACUACGCCUACAUGAUGACCGCUUCAAUGAUAUCGGGCCUGAUAGUAGUGCUGUCAAUCCCAUCUAUAAUAACCGUCCUAAUGGACUCGCGUCGCUCCAAUUCCACCUACACAGCCUACAAACGAUAUUUCUCCACGUACAAACAUGUGACCUCUUGGCUUGAACACGAACUAAAACCUGGUUCACUAUCUUGGCGAUCACUGUACACCGUUAGGUGUCGACAUGUUCAUGUAGCACGAGCCGUGAGGAUGAAAGGCAUAGGCAAGGUGUCCCAGCGUGACAUGGCCUUCACUAUUUAUGGUUUCAUAGGAUUCGUUUUCCUCAAGCCAGACAAAUUCACUGUUAAACAACUGCAAGAAGGCGACUGGGAUGCCUACAACCACUUUUGGAAAGUCUUUGGACACAUGAUUGGAAUGCACGACAGAUACAACCCUUGCCAAAACACCGCCGAAGAGACGCGCCAGGUGUUUCAAAUUCUACAAGAUAGAGUUUUCACGCCUUGUUUAACGAACGUGCCAGAAUAUUUCGAACACAUGAGUCAUGUUAUGCUAACUGGUAUCAAAUCAAUACUGUCUGCCUCAGAAGUGUCUUCUGUGCUCUAUGCGACGAAAUAUUUGGCAGAUGUGCCGGGGUACAUCUAUACGGAACAAGAGAGAAUUGAUUUUCAACGCAAGCUAAAAAAGCAUCAAGUAAAUGGAAGCGAUGAAGUACCUUCAAAUGUGUUAGUACAAAAAUGUGGAAUAGAUGGAAUAUGCCAAACACCACCACGUAUGUUCAAUAUUCGCGACUACGAUCGUAUGGAAGACGUUCCGGCGUACAAACAGCUACCUUUCAUAGGGAAAUAUAAGUUAGCAUUGAGCACUGUAAUGGUGGCUUUACACGACACGUAUAUAGGAAGGUUGAUCAUUAACUAUUAUAUGAAAUGGUCAUUAUUUAUCGCGAGCUACAUACCGUAUCAUGCUUUAUAUACUUUCGGCUUAAAGAAUGUUUAUGUAAAUAUAUUUAAAGAAAGUCCCAAAGACAAUACGUCACCUAAGCCAAAUUCGGAAUAUUAUAAGCCACAGCCACCACAACCGUGGUAUAAAGUCAUGCUAACUUUUUGGUCAAAUCUGUAUUAAGCAAAACCGGCAAAGUACGUUGAGUCACUCGAUAUAUUAAUUUACAUAGUACGUUUAACGAGCUAGAUAAAGAAUGUAAACAAAUUAACAACAUGAUUGCUGACGGAUAAGGACUUAAAUAAUACUUGCUCACUUUCGCAAGUAGCAUAAUAACGGUCAGGUUGUUUACGUAUUUUAUCUCGUCUCGUUUUAUUUACCGACAAAAAGAGGAGGAAUCUCUAAAUUUAUCGAAUAUUUUUUAUGUAUGUUCACCAAUUUAUUACUAAAUUUUGUAUGAGACACAAUUUUUUACAAGCAGUUUGUUAACACUAAAAAUGAAAAAAAAAAGACAAAGUUUAAAAUAAAUUCAUGUUUUACCUGCUUAUCAUUUUGAAGAUGGUAAUAAGCCGGUAUUGUAUUAAAUCAAGCCGUUUCAUAAUCAUAUAUAUUUUUCAGACUGUGUUUUUCUUGAACUUUUAGAAUUUGCUUAAAUUGUCACGACACUGACUUCGCACAGCCUUCAAACUGAUCAGCAGGUAGAACAUAAAUUAAAAUGUUAUUUUUCGCUUUUUUUAGGUUUUGAAGUCGGUUGAAUUUUUUUUUAAUUAUUUUAUUAGGUAAGAUAAGGUAGGUGUCUCUGGUUUAGUACUCUGUUUUUAUUUACAUAAUAUACAAACUGUUAAGCUGACGGGGACAGGGAAACACUAAUGAAAAUAAUUGAAACAAUUUGUACUUUAUUUAUGUUGACGCUAAGUGUAGAUUUCCAAUAAUACACUGUAAUGUUUGGUGUAGAUCUGUAAGUACAUACUAAAUACUAAGUACACAGAGUGGAGUGCAAUUAGAUUUAGUUUUCGGAACCCAGUUAUAAUGAAUAGAAUUUAAUGAUUUUAAGAAGCACAUUUGGUAGUUUACCUACCAUUAAAAGUACCGUAAUAUUUAUUGUUUUUAUAAUUUUUCAUUUCUGGUUCGAGUCGAUUCAAAUGUUCUAUGAAAUCUAAGUUUGGUAAAGGUCUCUGCUUUAAAAUAUGCUGCAUAAUAGGGAUAUUGACAGUUUUUUGAAUUGUAUAUAAUGUUGUAAAAGUAACAGGGUAUCUGCGAUAAUUAUUUUCGGAGCUACAGGGAUUUAAAGGGUCAGAUCCGCUGCCGCGGAUCCCUGAAAAACGCCCCAUACAAAAUGGUACGCACUUAUGACGUCGUAGGCAAUUAAUGAUCGUUAGAUUUGUAUGGGCGUUUAAACAAAAUUACUAAUAUCUUUGUUAUUUCUGCGUUUAUGUUUAUAGUUCACAUAUUAAAAAGUGUCACAUUUAAUGUAAGGAAGAUAAAACUGUAUGCAUUUUCAUCUAAUUACGAUAAAAUAUUUUUAAUAGAUUUUGAACUUUUAUAAUCUUAUUUAUUUUGCAAAUAUCCCGUAAUUUUUGCUUUUUAUGUAUAAAUUAGUUAACGUGUAAAAUCAAUAUAUUCAAACCUAGUCAUCAUCCCCAUUCGUACAAACACAAAUUACAUAAUAAUACCUACUACCUAUAAGUAGUUAAGUCGAUCAAAAAUUAUGAGAUGAUACAAUAUACAUACGUUCAAAAAGUAAUCGGGAUAGCUUCUUAUGACUUCAAAAGGUCAAAUUUGAAAUCUGAUUUUAGACAUUCUGAGGAGGAUUAUGGUUGUUAACAAAAAGACGACCUACAGUUUUGACGGCCUCCGUAGCGCAGUCCUAUGCGCAGUGGAUAUAUAAGAAGGAGGUCCUAGGUUGAGGUUUUCUUAAUUGGUCUAGGUCUGGCUGGUGGGAGGCUUCGGCCGUGGCUAGUUACCACCUUACCGGCAAAGACGUACCGACAAGCGAUUUAGCGAUCCGGUACUCAUGUAGAAACCGAAAGGGGUGUGGAUUUUCAUCCUACUCCUAACAAGUUCCAUCCGCUUCCAUCUUAGAUUGCAUCAUCACUUACCAUCAGGUGAGAUUGUAGUCAAGGGCUAACUUGUAAAGAAUACACUAGUUUGUAAGAAUCAAACUCGUUUGGUUAAACUCGCUAAUCUCAGUUAGUCGUAUAUAUUCUUAAUAACCGUUUUUUCGGUGAUCUUUUUGUGCUAAAAUCUCGCAACGAGUGAAUUAUCGUUUUAGUAGUCUUGAAUGUGGAUAUUUUGGUCGUGGUACAUCCAACGUCGACAUUGCAAUUAAUGUAUCUACUCGUAUUACGUACUAUAAGAUAUACGAGUAUUAAAUAUAAAGAGAGGAAUAUCUCCUAGCAGUUUUUUUUUUUUUUUUUAUUGAGAAAGAAUACAAUAGGGAACUUAAGCUAACUUAUCCUAAUAACUAAACAAAUCAUGCCGCGCUGGACAGCCAGGCUGAUCCUUUGCGCAAAAAAUGAGCCAGCCCUUCUCUCACCAGUUGAGGCAACUAGCCGCGGUGAAAUGGUACGGAAAAAUAAUAAUAAGCAUAAUUACAAAACUUUAAAUACUUAUUGGUGGUUAGUUUACUGCAGUUAUGAAGUUUAAGAGCCGUGAUAGCCCAGUGGAUAUAACCUCUGCCUCCGAUUCCGGAGGGUGUGGGUUCGAAUCCGGUCCGGGGCAUGCACGUCCAACUUUUCAGUUGUGUGCAUUUUAAGAAAUUAAAUAUCACGUGUCUCAAUCGGUGAAGGAAAACAUCGUGAGGAAACCUGCAUACCAGAGAAUUUUCUUAAUUCUCUGCGUGUGUGAAGUCUGCCAAUCCGCAUUGGGCCAGCGUGGUGGACUAUUGGCCUUACCCCUCUCAUUCUGAGAGGUGACUCGAGCUCAGUAGUAGUAGAAUAUGGGUUGAUGACGACGAUGAAGUUUAACGGUAACUGGCUAGGAUAGGCUAGGCUAAUAGUCCACCCUCCACCAUGCAGACCUAAUGUGAAUUAGCGGACUUCACGUUGGGAAUUAGAAAAUUCUCAAUUAUGCAGGUUUCCUCACGAUGUUUUUCCUUCACCGUUUGAGUCACGUGAUAUAACAAGUAUGUACCUAUACUUAAUUAUAUAAUAUGUUUGAUAAUAAACAAAUUUUGUUUUG